AAUAAACCAUCUGGCUUGCUCACGUUUAAUCAGCAUAUGACAUCCAACUUGCACAGUAAUAUUUGGCGAACUAGCUAAUGUUAGCUUCUAGCUAGCUAAGAACAAACUCAGCUGUCAGUUUCUGCAGUUAUAACUAACGGGCACAGGAUAGAAAGCAAAUGAGUGGAUGUUUUGGACGUGAAUGCAGCUGAAAGGAAAAUCUGUUGUUGACAAAGCUAACGCUACCAGUUUGUGGCUGCAGCUGUCGUUGCUAGUAUAACUAGCUGUGUUAAGCAAAGCUAGUUAAAUUAUUUAUUUCGCAUCGAAUGCUUUUAACGCGCAUGCUAAGUAGCUAGCUAUCCGCCUUGGCUUGCUGGUUUUUAGUCUCUUGUAUUUUGGAAGCGUUGAAAGCGUUGCUUAGCAAGCUAGAUGGGCUCAGCGAAUCUAAGUGAUGACACAUAAUGUACCUAGUCUACAUAGCUGGGCAGCUACCUGCGGAACGCGAUUGCAUUUUUAGAGUAUUAAACGCCUGCUACCAUUAAAUUGUAAUUUAUUUUGUGUGACGGCGUAUAAUCUUGCUCAUUCUUAGCCUGCAAGCUAAUGUUCACUGUCCCACAUCGGGCCGCUUUGAAUGACGUGCGAAUCCCGCGGCGGUGGUCCAAAGCCAGCUUCCAUGGAAUGAUUGUUUUAUCAUUUUAUUGACAUUUUGAAAGUUACCCCCUCCUCAUAGUUUUUAUGGACACAUGGAAACAAUGAAGAAGUUUUUCGAUUCCCGCCGGGAGCUGGUGAGCUCUGGGGCGGGUUCUGGAGGUGGUGGAGGCGGCGGGUCCUGCGCAGCUGGCAGCAGUUUCAUUGGGAAAGUGUUCGCAAUUGGUCGGCAUCAGGUUACUGUGGAGGAAACGCUGGCUGAAGGUGGCUUCGCCAUUGUGUUUGUUGUGAGAACAUCUCAGGGUGUUCGCUGUGCUCUGAAGAGGAUGUACGUCAACAACGAUGACGACCUGCAGGUCUGCAAGUGCGAGAUCCAGAUCAUGAGGGACCUGGCGGGCCACAGGAACAUUGUGGGAUUCCUGGACUCGAGCGUUACUCAGGUGGGAGGGGGGGACGUGUGGGAGGUGCUUAUCCUCAUGGACUUCUGUCGCGGUGGGCAGGUGGUGAACCUGAUGAACCAGCGCCUGCAGAGCGGCUUCUCCGAGCCUGAAGUCCUCAGCAUCUUCUGUGACACCUGUGAGGCUGUGGCAAGACUGCACCAGUGCAAACCUCCCAUCAUCCACCGGGACCUCAAGGUGGAGAACAUUCUGCUCCAUGACAAGGGCCACUAUGUGCUCUGUGAUUUUGGCAGUGCCACCAAAAAGAUCCAGAACCCGCACAGCGAGGGCGUGACUGUGGUGGAGGAGGAGAUCAAGAAAUACACCACGCUGUCAUACCGCGCUCCUGAGAUGGUCAACCUCUACAGUAGGAACCUCAUCACCACCAAGGCUGAUGUCUGGGCUCUGGGUUGCUUGCUCUAUAAGCUGUGUUACUUUACCCACCCGUUUGGAGAGAGCCAGGUGGCCAUAUGUGAUGGUAGCUUCACCAUACCUGACAACUCCCGAUACUCCCAAGAUAUGCACUGCCUCAUCCGGUACAUGCUUGAGCCAGACCCUGAAAAGAGGCCUGACAUUUACCAGGUGUCCCACUUCGCCUUCAAGUUGGCCCGGCGAGAUUGCCCGAUCCAGAACACACAGAAUUCCCCCAUUCCAGAGAAACUUCCAGAGCCAAUAAGGGCCAGUGAAGCAGCGGCCAGGAAGACUCAGACCCAGAGCAAAUCCAGGCUCACUGACCCCGUUCCUGCUACUGUGACGUCCAUCACCCCCCGACAGCGACCCAAAGCUGCACACCCCCAGCCCAGCACUGGCAUGCUGGCCAUCCAACCAGCCCUCACCCCCCGAAAGAGGGCCAACGUCCCCGCUGGGGCUGCCGUAGCUCUGCCUACAGGUGUGAGUCUAAGCACUGCCACCGUCCAAUCGCCGAAGGCCCAGACUGCCACCGUCCAAUCACAGAAACCGCAGGCUCCACGGUCUCCAGCUGCUCAACAUAGAGUCACUCUGGCACAAUCUGGGGCUCUGCCCGCCCAGUCUCCUACCCCUCUGACUCCGACUGUACCCCCACAGGGUCUCCUAAAGCAGCAGCAGAAGGCCCAGAUGCAGCCGGUGCAGUCAACAGUAUCCACUCUCCCAGUGCAGCCUGCAGCCGGUGCUGGGUCUGCUGCUCCCCUCCCCUCCCAAAAUCGGACAGCUACGCCCCUUCAGAAGCCACUGCCUGGCUCGGCCCCGCCCGUCGCUCCUGCCAGGAGCUCCCGGCGUAGGCAGGCUCCUUCAGCCAGCCUUACUUCUCCAGCAGCUAAAUCUGCAGCUCAGCCCUCACCUGUAGUUCAACCUGCAGCUAAACCUGCAGCUCAACCUGUGGUUCAGCCCUCACCUGCAGCUAAACCUGCUGCUCAACCUGCGGCUCAGCCCUCACCUGCAGUUCAACCUGUAGCUCAACCCUCUCCUGCAGCUAAACCUGUAGCUCAACCCUCACCUGUAGCUCAACCCUCUCCUGCAGCUAAACCUGUAGCUCAACCUACAGCUCAGCCUUCACCUGCAGUUCAACCCUCACCUGCAGUUCAACCUGCGGUUCAACCCUCACCUACAGUUCAACCUGCAGUUCAACCCUCACCUGCAGUUCAACCUGCAAUUCAACCCUUACCUGCAGCUCAACCUGCAAUUCAACCCUCACCUGCAGCUCAACCUGCAGCUCAACCUGCAAUUCAACCCUCACCUGCAGCUCAACCUGCAAUUCAACCCUCACCUGCAGUUCAACCCUCACCUGUAGCUCAACCCUCACCUGUAGCUCAGCCUGCAACUCAACCCUCACCUGUAGCUCAACCCUCGGCUCACGUAGUGCUUGGCACCGUCUCAACCAGCACACCUGUCCCUGCACCUGAUUCCACCGCUGUACGCACUGAAGCCAGUGCACCUGCAGCACCCGUCAGGGCCCCUCUCUCAGCUGAUGUACCAGUGGUCCCCCCUGUGUGGACGUCCAUCUCUUCUGAUGAGGGGUCUCAGGAGGUGGAGUCUAUGACUCCUGGCUCUUCCCCUGACAAUGUCCAACAGGGAGGCCUGGGUGAUCUUAACCAGAAUGCUGGGGUCUGCAGUACACACUCUUCGGCCGAGACCAGAACCUCCAUCGCCCUGGUAACCUCAGCCCCCUCAGUGGGGUCGUCCAGCCCCCCAAAACAGCCCACCUGGAACCCCUUUGGUGAUGAAAAUCCCUUUGGCGAUGACAACUUUUCCAAAUUGAGUGCGGAGGAACUGCUCAACAAGGACUUUGCCAAAAUGGAAGACGGCAAGCCUGAAGAGACAAAUAGCUCCAUGGAGAGCCUCGUUCCAGGUCUACAGCCUGGCCCAGCUGAGCCAACUUCUAGUGGUCCAUGCAGGAUUACAGGUGCAGCCGAAGUACCUGACAUCAUGAGUCCGGACUCUAACUGUACUCUGUUGAGUUUCCCUGGACCUUUCAAACCCCUGACCCUCUCAGCCCCAGAGAAGCUUAUUGAGGGUCUGAAGUCUCCAGAGACAACCCUCCUUCUGCCUGACCUGUUAUCCUUGGCUGACCCCUUUGGUAGCUCUGCAGCUGGCUCCAGCAAUGCGGAUGAUGUAGGGGUCUUUGUGGACUCCUUGCUUCCCGGAUUUGAAGCCCCCCAGUCAAGCCCACCCAAACCCAGCUGUGCUAGGCUGCCAGGCUGUCUGGCUCCUGCAGAGGCUGUGACAGGAGUUGACACUCUGCUGGGCUGUUCCCUGCUCGCUAGCCCCCCCACCCCAGCCAUGUCCUCCGUCUCCUCCCCACUCUCCUCUGCCUCCAUUCUGGAUGAGUUUGCCCCUGCACCGCACCUCAAUGACUCCUCCCUCCUCAUCUCAGAGCUUGACCAACCCGAGCGUGUGGGGUCAGGUGAAGAGGAGUUUGAUCCAAUCCCUGUGCUCGGCUCCAAAGGCCCUGCUCAAGGUGGCCUCUCUCACACUAACAGUGGAGGCUCAGACCCGAGUCUCCCUAACCUGGCUCGAUCUCUCCUCCUGGUGGACCAGCUCAUCGAUUUGUAGGGGGUGGGAUUUUGCCCCGGUCCCUCUCCCUCUGACGGCUGACCGCACUUUCAGACUCUUAAACCAUUGGCCAAUGUUCUCCAACCACCCGCUCCCUUUAGCUCCCAUUGGAUCAUCUAAAUUCCAUCAAUUUGUCUUGUCUUUACUGACUACUCUCACUGGCUGUGUCCCAAAUUGUACACUCGUGUACCUGUGCACUCGUGUUCUUAUAAGCGUUAUUUACAAGCGCACCAACAAGUCAACUACUUAGAAGCUAGCAAGAACUAGUAACUAGCAAGAACAUGAAAAAAUCUGUUAAUUUCAGAAGCACUUAACAUCAUGACUCUUCUGACUGUAAUGUGACACGUAUCCGAUUAGCAGCAGGACUGACAUCUGAAGGGACAGUUAACUAGCUAGCUAUGUUAUAGCAGAAAACCUAUUUGCUAUAUGGUUUUCUGGUGAACACAUGUUGGUAUAUUUUUAUUAAUAAAUGAAAAGGAGGAAAAUGCUGAGCAGCAUGUACACUCACCAAGCACUUUAGUAGGUACACCUGUACACCAGCUUGUUAAUGCAAAUGUUUAAUCAGCCAAUCAUGUGGCAGCAACUAAAUGCAUAAAAGCAUGCAGACAUGGUCAAGAGGUUCAGCUGUUCUUCAGACCACUUGUCAGAAUGGGAUCUAUGUGACUUUGACCGUGGAAUGAUUGUUGGUGCCAGACAGGGUGGUUUGAGUAUCUCAGAAACUCCUGAUCUCCUGGCAUUUUCACACACACAAGUCUCUAGAGUUUGCAGAGAAUGGUGUGAAAAAUAAAAAACAUCCAGUGAGCAGCAGUUCUGCUGGUAGAAACGUCUUGUUAUUGAGAGAGGUCAGAGGUGACCGGCCAGACUGGAUAAAGCUGACAGGAAGGUGACAGUAACACAAAUAACCACACUUUACAACCGUGGUAUGCAGGAGAGCAUCUCUGAACACACAAUGCCUGAAACCUCUAAGUGGACGGGCUACAGCAGCAGAAAACUUAAGUGUAAUAGAUAAGUCUAAUUAAGUGCUGACUGAGUGUAUAUGUGUUAAGACGAGAGAAAAGGUGAUAUUCGCAGCUAACGUGUCAUCUCCAGUCAGUGACUUCAGCUAGCAUAUGUAGUUUUAUGCCCUCAUUAGCUGCAGCAUUGUAUUUUUAGCUAGAUAGCUUAAAUUCCUUGAUAGUUGAUUGCUUAUUUAAAAUUCCAAUUUCCUCUUUGCUGUGGGCUCUGAAAACGCAGUGAAUACUGGGAAAGGAAACCGCGCUCCGAAGCAGACUUGAAUUUUCGGUCCUCCCAAGUACGAGAGAACUUCCGGUGAAUUUGUUCUGUACUUGCCAGUUUUUGUACUUGAGUUUGGGACACACUUGAUCACAUGACCGUUAACUUCUGUGCUUGAUUAGUCCACAAGUCUGCAAUUUGAGACAGCCAAUAGCUCACACAAACUCUCUCUCUCUCUCUCAUUCUCUCCUCUCUUUCUACAGCAACAAAUGCACAUUCUCUUCCUGUCUUUGGAGUCAAGCUCUAUCAGUCGAUCUCCAGCUAAAUGAAUCAGACCCUUGCGACUUCCUUCCCUUGUGAGCUCCAUUUCGGGUUCAGAUUUUUCUGUUUUCCUCUUUUCUGCCCUGGUGCACAGAACAUGCUGUUUUCUCAAGCGAUGGCGCUUUUCCUGAUUGCAGUCUGUUGGUUAAAGGCACAGAUCAGUUCCUCCCACAGCUCUUUGCCUACAACACCCAUAGUGCUUUGCAGCAUUUCAUCCUCUGACUGCGUCUGUUUGGUUGCCAUUUCAAGAUUUUGCAAUCUGAUCCAGUGUGUUUUGUUUCUGGUACUGUAAUUAUGAUCGGUGUUCAAAUUUAGUGGACCUCAUUGUGUUUCGUAAACCUUUUAAUGACACUGGAAUCACAGCAUGUAGACUUUGGGUGCUGUACUUUAAUGCUUCUUUCCACCGUGGUCCAACUACAAACGGUAAUGUGUUCAGUGUUGACAGAUCACCCAUGGGGCUGUCUUGUUUCCAUCCUGGUUGGUAAAGACUACCAGGGUUUUUCCUGGGUUUGUUUUUAGCAUAAGAAAAUACUGAGUCAUAUGUUAGAUUGUCAUUUAGUAAAAAAACUAACAAAAAAGAAACCGUGAUGUGAGUUUUAGGCCAUAUUGCGCAGCACUAGUUAAAAAUGCCAUCCAUCUAACAUCUUGGAUAAAGUAUAAUGUGACCUGCUCCAUCAUUUUGAGUCGUUUUGACCCAGAAGUACAUUUUACAGUUUAUAUAUGGCAAUGAAGAGGAAAAUCUCUUGUGAUAUUAAAAUCUUUCUACUAAUUUCCAAGGUGAUAUCCAAAUUUAAAUCAUAACUGUCAUCAAAUUGUUUUUGAGAAAAAGGCUCCACUGUUCAACUGUCCGUGUCUGAUUUUACAGAAAUGCUGUUUCUGUACAAUCAACCUCGAUCAAAACGAUCAAACAUUUCCUAAUGGUAAGGAUUAAAAUAUUAUGAACAGUAUUAUAAGUACUGGCAUCAUUUAUUAAAUGACACAUUAUGGGAGUUUAUCCGCCGGUUUCUCCCAAACAUACCUUUGCAGCUGUGAUUAUGGGGUGGCAACGAUGGUCAAACCGAGCAUCCCUGCAACCACUGAGCCCACGCGUGUACCGUCUUGCUGCUGUCAUUUCUCUCUCUCUCUCUCCCUCUCUCUCUCCCUCUGCUUUCAGAGGGCUGCAUUGUUCUGCCAAAUAAUAUUCUGUUAAUCAUUUGUUUUCCCUUUUUCCAUUUUUCUUGGUGCUUUGGCACAUGUCAGAGUUCUCGAUGCGGGAAGAAUCCUGACUACAUUACCCAUGGUUCAAUAAUCCUGACUACAUUACCCAUGGUUCAAUAAUGCCCCAUUUCCCCAAUCUCAUACCUCUUAGACCCAAGGUGUUUCACAGCAUUGUUCAGGAUUAUGUGCAGUCCUUUGGUGCGUUUCAUUUGUGAUGCUUUUGGUAGCAGUGCUGUAUGUUAAUUUAUUGGAGUUUAAUGUGUUUAGCGGUUUCAUUUGUUACACUGCGAGAAGACUUUUCUUUGUGUGUAUGACCCUGCAGGCAUCCACAGCACCAUCCAUUCCCAGUCUACCCUGUACACCAUUCAAACCCCCCGUUUCCAUGGUAUCCGUUUGCCCUAAGCAAUGUACAGUAUAUCAUUGGCCAGAUGUACCUCUGUUUAGGUGAACCAUCCCCCCCUCCCUCAUUGUCAAAUAUUUAUAAAGUAUAUUGUGGAAAAAGAUUCUAAAAGAAAAUUAAAAUAUGGUUAAGAAUAUAUGUGAAUAUAGAUGGAGUGCUUAUUGAAUGAAUGUGUGACAUACACCGAUGUGCCAAAACAUUUUGACCACCUGCCUAAUAUGCUGUUGGUCCUCCCCAUGCCACCAGAACAGCUCUGACCCUCUGAGGCCUCUGAAGGUGCUCUGUGGUAUUUGGCACCAUGAUGUUAGCAGCAGAUUUGAGCUGCCAUGGAUCGGAUUUGUUGUUCCAGCUCGUCUGACAGAUGCUCGAUGGGAUUGAGAUCUGGAGGCCCGGGCAACACCUUGAACUCUUCAUCAUGUUCCUCAAACCAUUCGCAAACAUUUGUGCAGUGUGGCAGGGCACAUUAUCCUGUGGAAACAGGUCUCUGCCAUUGGGGAAUACCAUUGCCAUGAAGGGGUGUACCUGGUCCACAACAACGGUAGAUGGCAGGUGUCAAAAUGACAUCCACCUAAAUGCCUGUACCCAGGGUUUCCCAACAGAACAUUGCCCAGAGCAUCACUCUCCCUCCACUGGCUUGUCUUCUUCCCACAGUGCAUCCUGGUGCCAUCUCUUCCUCAGGUAAACAGUGAACACAUAUCCGGCCGUCCACGUGAUGUAAAAGAAAACAGAACUCAGCUGACCUCCUUCCAUUGCUUCAAGGUCCAGUUCUGAUGCUUGCAGGCCUAUUGUAUUGUCUUUUACGCCUGUGCAUUUCUCCAGCAUCCAACUCAUGGACUACGAGGACCAACGGUUCGCUUACCGCCGAAUAUAUUCCAGACCUUUACAUGCGUCACUCUUACAAUGUUAUCUGCUUCAUCUGUGAGUGGUCCUAAUGUUUUGGCUCAUUGGUGUAGAUGUAUAUCAGGGUUCUUCCAAGAAUUGUUUAUUUUAAUAGAGUUCCUGCUCAGACUCCCAGGGUGGGUGGAGCACUUGCAUUUUUAAACCAUCUUAGAAAUAAUAUCCUGCAUUCCAGGGUAUCAAAAACACACAAAAAUGCAGGCCUUCAUGCAAUGAUGGAUUAUGAACAAACAUCCAAAUAUCAAAAGGCAAUCAUUUCUCUUUCUUUUUUUAUUUGAUUUUCAUCUGGAAGUCUCAAAAAUGCUAACAAACCUAAGCAUGAUUACUUCUGAGACCUAAAACAUUCAAGCCAGGCAUAAAUAUUCGAAGGCCUGUGUUACUCUUGGUAGUGGGAAAAUAGCCUCCAGUCCAGAUGGAAACUUUGUCCUGUGAGCUGAUGGCUGAUCUUCUAGAUAAUUUGAGGCAGCGGCUUUGUUUUUAAUUCAUUAUUUUUAUUUGAUAUGAGAUGUGUUUGGGUAGCAUUUGGGUGCUUUUCCUGUUUACAGGGAUUAUUUACCUUAAACCACAUUAUACUAUAAAUAGCUUUGCAGUGCUAUGAAGAAUAACAUUUCCGUGUUGAUAUUGUGCUUAUUGCAGACAAAUACAUGAAGAGGUAAAAAAAAAUAGGUAGUUGAAUACCUGUUUAAUUUCAUGGUAAUUUUUUCCUGAAUCAUUUCACAAUGCAGGUUUGCCUUGUUAUCUCUGGCUUUGCCUUUGAAUUCUUCAUUAUCUCCCAUACGGUUAGCAUUGAUGGCCUGGUGUCCACACUUUCAUUAGGAGCCUACUUAUUCACCUCGGUCUUUAAUUUGAUCAGUUAAAAAUAAUUUACCACUUUUUAUGCCGUUGUUAUGCAAAAUGUUUGCACUGUUUGCAAUAUAGCAAUAACAAUAUAAACAUUGGAUUUUUUAUUUAUUCAUGACAUUCUGCGGUUAAAGAGCAAGAGUAAUCAUUCUAAACAUGAAAAGCACCUCGUUAAGAAAAUGAAGAGCUUGGUAAAUGUUUUGGAUUGUAAUUGUGGUUGGAGGGAAAGCCCACAUACACACAAGCGAGUUUGGGAACCACUGUGGAAAUGUAGGGUGAGAGAUGUUGUGACAUUCAGGGAUGGUUAGAGGAGGUUGCACAUCAUAUGUCAGGUUUUACCCAGAUGUAGCCUGGCUACAUCCAAGUCAGCUAGGAACCCCUCUAUUGAGCACACCCUGCAUAUCCCCUGUAAUGCAUACACUCUGCUUAUUGCCUUGAAUGCACACACCCUGCAUAUCCCCUAUAAUGCACACACCCUGCAUAUCUCCUCUAUUGAGCACACCCUGCAUAUCUCCCCUAAUUUACGCACCCUGCAUAUCCUCUUUAGUGAGCAUGCCGUGUAUAUCCCCUCUAAUGCACAUGCCCUGCAUAUCUCCUCCAAUGCACACGCCCUACAUAUCUCCUCCAAUGCACAUGCCCUACAUAUCUCCUCCAAUGCACACACCGUGCAUAUCCUGUUUAGUGAGCAUGCCGUGUAUAUCCCCUAUAAUGCACACGCCCUGCAUAUCUCCUCCAAUGCACACACCCUGCAUAUCCUGUUUAGUGAGCAUGCCGUGUAUAUCCCCUAUAAUGCACACGCCCUGCAUAUCUCCCCUAAUUUACGCACCCUGCAUAUCCUCUUUAGUGAGCAUGCCGUGUAUAUCCCCUAUAAUGCACAUGCCCUGCAUAUCUCCUCCAAUGCACACACCCUGCAUAUCCUGUUUAGUGAGCAUGCCGUGUAUAUCCCCUAUAAUGCACACGCCCUGCAUAUCUCCUCCAAUGCACACGCCCUGCAUAUCUCCUCCAAUGCACACGCCCUGCAUAUCUCCUCCAAUGCACACACCCUGCAUAUCCUGUUUAGUGAGCAUGCCGUGUAUAUCCCCUAUAAUGCACACACCCUGCAUAUCCCCUCUAUUGAGCACACCCUGCAUAUCCCCUCUAAUGCGCACACCCUGCAUAGCUCUUCUAAUGAACAUGCCCUGCUUAUUCCCUCAAAUGCACACACCCUGCAAAUCCCAUCUAAUGAGCACACGCUGCAUAUCCUAUUUAGUGAGCAUCCCUGUAUAUCCCCUAUAAUGCACACACCCUGCUUAUCCUCUCUAUUGAGCGCACCCUGCAUAUCUCCUCUAAUGUACACACCCUGCAUAUCCCCUAUAAUGCACACACCCUACAUAUCCACUGUAAUGAACACACCCUGUAUAUCUCCUCUAAUGAGCACACCCUGCAUAUCGUCUUUGAGCAAUCCCUGCAAAUUCCCUCAAAUAAGCAUGACCCGCUUAUCCCCUCUAAUGCGUGUGCCCUGCAUAUCAAGCACAUGCAGUUCGCAAUUAGCCCCCAGAGGGUGGGAAAGAACAACCUCAAAUUUUGGAAGAAAAGAAAGUCUUGGGGGGUGUAUGACAGGAUUUCAGAGUUGUUUCUAUCUUACCUUAGUUGGAACAAGGCCAUUUUCCUUUUGGGCUUUUUUCAUUCAGCUCAUCUUCAUUUUGGUUCCUUUUUUUAAAGCAAAUCAUUAAACUCUGGUGCUUAUUGAUAUGUGGUUGCUUGAUUAGUGGAUUUAUGAAGACUGGUACGGUUCUUUACCACCCCCUCUCAACCCCAUCACCCCACCUGUUGCAGGUGUGGUUUGCAGAUUUUCAUGAAGGUUUUAAUGCACUUUAAUGCAGUUCCAUCCCUACAUCACCACCCCCGCCACAUGCUGGCCACAACAGAGAUGUGUCCCUGUCCAUGGAGUUUACUUGCUUGAUUAAGAGUUUUUAAAAAACUGCUGCACAGUUAGUGUUGAAGAUUAAGUGUGUUUAUGAGUUUCUGGCUGUGCUGAAAUCUCCCCCCCCCCUCCCUGUGUUGGAGUGAUGUAUCAUUCAGUGUGUACUUUCUAUUUUUAUGCAAUGACAGAGAAGAGUUAAAAAAUAUUAAGUGAUAAUAAACAUGUAAAUGUCAGUGUAA